AUGAUUCGUCGUCUUGGAGAUGCCACGUUUUACCGCGCCGAAAGUCCAUCGCAAACUUCGAUGCGUGAAUCGGAAAUAUCGAUUGAUUAUUCGCAGGUAUUUAAGCGCGUUGCGUGUGCGUCGCGGUUACCACAAUUUUUUGCAGAACGAUGAGAUUGACCGAGCCUCUUGCAAUACCGUAAUCGCGGACCCUUGGCCCGAAAGCCCGCUGAAUCAAGGCCUAGUGACACGUGGCGAAAUUUCGGAGACUGAGAGAAAUUUGUGCAAAAAACUGUCGCUGAUUGUGGAUUUGGUGGCGGAUUUUGCGGGAGAUGCGAAUAAAUUAGCUGAAAGUGCUGAUGAAUUGCUGAAAGAGUUGAGGGUGAGUGCGCGCAAGCUUUUCUGCUAACAUGAGCAAUGUUUGAAUGUUUCCAGACAAAAAUCCGAGUCUAUAUACAUUUUCUGGAUGUUGAGAUGGUGGAUACCGAGCAAGUUUUAAGAUUCAAUGUUGAUCGAUCUUCGAUUUGCGAUGAUCGAAUCGAUUGGUUGUUGCAUUACACAAAAUGUCACGUGAGUUGGGCUGAAAAUCUGAAAAUUUCAGAUUUUUCUGAACAUUUUCAGCUAAAAUUUGGGAAAUUUGAAGAAUUUUGAAUUAGUUUCCAAAAUUCCAGAAAGAAAUGCGACGUGUAUUAUUCGAGUUAUCGGAAGAAGUUUGCGAUGAUCUAGAAGCAUGUCUAGAGCAGCGGAUGCGCGGAAUUCCUGGGAAAAAACCGAUGCCGGCAACUUUGCGAACACUUGCCGAAAUGCAAAAAGGAAUGGAAAUGGCGGCGAGGAUUUUGGGAAAUUCACCAAGGCAAAGGGCUUGA